AUGGCCGCCUCGCAAGGGAGAAAGGCUUCGAGCAAGCGGAGUUCCAAGGCAGGUUUGCUGAAGUUCUCGACCACAAUUGAAGUCACCGUUUCAGACCAGGAGUUCAAGCUAUACAAGAACAUCUUGACCAAGCAGACUAAGCUAUCUCGAAGUAGUACCGAGCCGCUUCCUGCAAUCAUGCCACGAGACUCGCCGGCUUCCUCAUGCUACAGCGGGCAGAGUCGACAAGGCUCUUCAUACAGGCCCGCCACUUCUACCGCACCAACAUCUCGAUCUCGGAUGUCCCGUACCAGCGUCCGAGCCUCUCGGCAGAUCCCAUCGUUCUACAACGCGGACUGCGGCGAUAGCGUCUGUGGCAGCACAACAAGCAACAUGACCGGCUUCCGCCGCACGCUCGACGUCCCAGGCAUGCCAGAGUCCGACUACUUUACCAUUGGCGCUUCAAAGUGGGACCGGCGACCUGAGUAUGUCGGUCGUGUCCGGGCUCCUGGCAGAAGCACUUCGAAACGCAGCAGUUCGUACACAGCUGUCGCAAGUGAGAAUAUACAGCAGGAGUCUGCGAGGCAUACCGGUGCGCCAUCGAGCAUGUCGCGGCGAACGUCCGACUCUUUUGUGACUGGUCGUGGUCGCGAACUUGUGAGAUACACCGGCGGCCCACAGCCUUUCGCUGAAGAGCCGGAUCUUGAUGCCGAGACGCUGGGACCGGAAGACUCGAUCAGUAAUGUUUCCACGCAGAGGUCGGGGAUGUCAAGACGAAUGACGGGUGGUCCACGUACUCAUCAACCAGCGAGGAGUUUCUCCUAUGCUGGUGGUGAAGGCAUGUCGGCCUAUGGAGGAUCAAGAACUGGUGGAAGGCUGAUUGAGUACCGGAUCAUCGAGAGAAGACCGGGAAGGGCUGGCUGA